AUGACCUUUGGACCUCUAGGUAGGAGAUCUAGGUGGCAUAUAGACUUCCAUGAGAUCUUUGCUGCGUGGAAUGCCCAUGCAUAUGCGAUAGCGACAGCAAACCCAGUGGUAGUUGAGAACCUGCCAGCAGAGGAAGUGACUGGUGACGAACUCAGCAACGGGGAAAUUUCUUAUGAAGAGUCGAUGGACCAGAAUAAGGAAGAUCCCGAGGUGGAUCCUGAGGAAGAUCCCGAUGAGGAUCCUAAGGAAGAUCCCGAGGAGGAACCUGAGGAAGAUUUCGAGGAGGAUCCUGAGGAAGAUCCCGAGGAAGAUCUUGAGGAGGAUCCUAAGGAAGGUAUGUCAUCCGAAGAUAUGUUCGAUCACUACACUGCUGCUGCUACUCCCUCGAUCAGGAAGAAAGCCAGCAAGAGGGUUCGCGGAGAAAGCAGCAAAGCUGCUUCAAAGAAGGCCCAGACUGAGGGUCCUUCAGCAGCUGCUCCUUCGAAGGAAACCACGCCACCUCCUACAAAGGAAACAACGCCACCUCCUUCUCCACUCGACCAACCAUCUCCAACUGCACCGGUCGACCAGCACUCUACUCCUCCAGCGCCUACCGACCAGCCACGCCACACUCAACCCAAAGACACCCUGACUAGCACCGUGGUCAGUUUGGCCAGGGAGAGAAUAUACAAACCCUCCAAGCACAAACGCAGCCAAGAGGCCAUCGUUGGCACCAACUCCAUGGAGGUCGACCAAAUAAUAAACUGA